AUGGGUUGGCCAUCUCGUACAGUCAAAGGAGGCUCUUUCGAGGCUUCGAAUUCGCACCUUAGCUUUUUUGCUUUAAACAGAGAGAAAAGUAUGCGUUGCUCCAAUCUUCAUCAGAGCUUUACGGCAUCUUCCCCAGACAUAUCUCCGUCUACGGUGCCAUGUUGUAUGAACUAUCAAAAUCAAAGCUUACCAUUUGAUAUGUCGAUGAUGGACGAGGACACUAUGAAGCCUGAAUGUGAUCGAGACGAUGACAUGGAGUCUUUUCCAACUCCUCAGAAUCCUUUGUCGUCGACAAACGUAUCUACUCCAGAGAGGAAUGCUUCAGUGUUCUUAAAGUCCACGAACUGGAGCAUUGCCAAUGAAGUCCCAGGAAACUAUAAUCCUAAAUAUUUAAAGGAAACAUAUUCUGUUUCCCCGACGCGCAGAAGCUUAAAAACUUUAUCACCAGGUCUCCGAAGAAAAUCACUCCUUCCUAAACCGAAAAUGUUUCAGCGUGUUGCAAAUGCACUUUAUGAGGAAGCUUCACCAUGGGAAAUCGAAUUGCGGAACGAGUCAGAAUUUGCUAGAAUGACGGCGGGAAGUGUGCGUAGCUCAAACGCGAAUAUUUAUAAUCCUGUUCAUUCAUCAGCUCUUCUUCAUUCAAGGGAAAAACCCCAAGAAUUACCUAAUAUUCGGAAAGAAAAAGAAACUCCGGCAAGUCCUUCCGCAGUUGCAGAAUCGCGGAUUUCCGCAACUUCAAUGGAAAAAUCAAAUACGUUCUUUUCACCGGCUGUAACUCAGACACCGAGAAAAAGGUCCUCGUGCAGCAUGACAACUAAUGGGUUAAAUCUCCAGUCGCCAAAAAAUGUAUUUUCUUCGCCACAGCACAAAGAAAACGAGGUCGGUAUUCAUUCAAAAAAAAGGUUGCGCUUGAGUGAAGAUUUCACGGAUUUGCCUAAGAGAAGAGCUGUUUCUCCUUUUUUAUAUAAAUUCGAUGCGAUAAAGUUUUCUCCUGUACACUCAGUAAAGGUUCGCUCUUUGCAAGUGAGAGACACUCAUGAAGUCCUUCGGAACUUGAAAUUAUGUUAG